AUGGCGGAGCUUGGUGAAGCAGACAAAGCCGAGUUACAGCGCCUGGUGGCAGCGGAGCAGCAGAAGGCGCAGUUCACUGCGCAGGUGCAUCACUUAAUGGAACUAUGUUGGGAUAAGUGUGUUGAGAAUCCAGGAAAUCGGCUAGACUACAGCACUGAAAACGGCCUCUGCAGCUGUGUGGACCGCUUCAUUGACACUACUCUUGCUAUCACCGGUCCGUUUGCUCAGAUUGUACAGAAAGGCCCUAUCUCAGGACGAUGGAAGACCCAAAAGACUUGUUACUAA